AUGCCUAACAAAUGUUCGACACUCGUUCGUCGUAGACAGGAUAUCCUUAAUCAACUUUCACGUAGCAAUAGUGAAGGCAAACUUCAAGAUGAUAUACUUGAAACUACUGCUGAAUUAUGUAUAGCUGGUACUCGAAAAGCUCCUCCUUUUUUUCCAACACCAACACAUCAUGUACCAACAACUCCCACGACUCGUCGAUCGAACUUUUUGCCAACUAAUCGUGUUCACCCAUCUCCUAAUCAAGUACAUAAUACACAAUUACCAACAAUACGAUAUGCAAAAGGUAGUAAUGAACAACGAAAUCAUAUACAAGAUGAAACUCAUUCACGUAGUACACGUUCAAAAACUCCUUUGGACAAUUCUAGUCCAAAAAGUGGUGGUUAUACACCAUCUGCUUCUAUGUCUUCUGUUUAUAAUGCACUUUCAAAACGAUCAACAGAAAAUCUUUUGAAUGCAUACGCUGGUUCUGAAGAUAAAAAUAGUUCAAAUCCAGUAUCACCUAGUUAUCGAUCACAACGAUCUCAUAAAACUAAAGAAAUUAAAAAGGAUAGUACGAAACAUACAACAGCACUUCAAAAACAAUCGACUGAUAGUGGAAUUGAUAUUCGUUUUUCAAGUAGUUCAGGUGAUACAAAUCAUCUUCAACGAACUUCAGGAACAUCUACACGACCUCGAACAAAUACACAACAAGUACAAAAUGAAUCUCCUCGUACACAAGAAACAGUAACUAAAGAUCGAACAAAUCAUGGACAACUUUAUCAACGUCGUCCAAAUAAUGCUGCUAAAGCUCCAAUAAAACAAAAAAUUGAUAAAUAUCGUCGUCGUACAGAAGUUACACAGGCUAUCUAUGGAUAUACAUCAAUCAAUGCAGCUAAUAAUGAUUUACCUAAUACAAAUUAUUCAACAUCGCAUCGUCCAAAACCACCACCAUCAACUCCAACCAUGUCUGGUGGUACUAUGAUGUCAGCAGCUAAACUUCAAGCUCAUCAUGAUGCUCUUUUUGAAUCACUUAAAUCAAAAGCUCCAUAUACAUACGAGCCUUUAGUACAUUAUUCACAUCAAUAUUCUCCAAAUCCUGUUAAAUCUCCACAUUUAUGUCCUAAACAUCAGCAGAUAACUUCCACAUUACCAAUAUCAAAUCCUCCAACUCCACUUGUUCAUCUACGUCCAAGUUAUGGAACUAUACAAAAUUUUGUUCCAACUAAAUCUUCUCAUCAUAACCAUCAUCAUCAUCAUCAUACUAAUACAAAAAAUAAUCAAUAUUUACCAACACCACCACCACCAUCACAACAGUAUUAUACAAUUAAACAGACACCAAAUGCCAGCCCUAAAUAUCUUUCCUUAGCAUCAGCAGCACCACAUCAUCCACCUACAUUAGAUGAUAAUUUACUAAAUGAUGCUGAUCAGCAAAAAAAAUUACGUGUAUUUAAAUGGCUUAAAAAUGUUGAAGAACAUCGUUAUGAACAAAUAGAUCAUGAUGAAUUACUAGAUAAACAAACACUACGUAUGAUCGAUCAAACAGAUAAUCUAUCUCUCUAUUCUGAGAUAAGACUUGCUGUUGAUGAUUUACCACCAAAUUUAAGUAAUGAACCAUGUGAAAGAAUUGCGACAAUGGAAUUUGAAAACUGA